UUGAACAAGUUAUAUUAUUAAAGCUUACUAACAAUUAACAAGUCAAGAAAUUAAAGAGUAAUAUAAGAUAAUCAUGACUGCAGUACCAUAUGAUAGUAAUCUUAUAUUUCUAGUCGUUGUUGGAUUUAUAGUAGCAUUUGUUUUGGCUUUUGGCAUUGGAGCCAAUGACGUGGCCAAUAGUUUUGGUACAAGCGUCGGAGCUGGAGUAUUAACCAUAUUUCAAGCUUGUAUUUUGGCCACGGUUUUUGAAAUUGCCGGAGCUGUAUUAAUAGGAUACAAAGUUUCUGAUACUAUGCGCAAAGGAAUUUUAGAUGUAUCGCUUUAUGAAGGACAUGAGAAGGAACUUAUGUUUGGAGCCUUAUCAAGUUUGGCUGGUUCAGCUAUAUGGUUACUAUUGGCAACUGCUCUUAAGCUGCCUAUUUCCGGUACCCAUUCCAUUGUCGGAGCAACAGUUGGAUUUUCACUCGUUUGUAGAGGCACAGCAGGAGUAAGGUGGAUGGCUCUUUUAAAUAUAGCCGCAUCGUGGUUUGCCAGUCCCUUACUUAGCGGCCUUGUAUCCUCAUCUAUUUUUUGGCUUAUUCGAAAAUCCAUAUUACGGUCUACUAAGCCUCUUGAGCAAGGUCUUAAAAUGCUGCCUUUUGUUUAUAGCCUCACCAUUGGUAUCAAUGUAUUGUCAAUAGCACACGAUGGGCCAAAGCUUCUGAUGCUGGAUAGAGUGCCGUGGUGGGUUAGUCUAACUGCCGCCUUAGGGUUUGGCGUUCUUUCGGCUGUGAUUGUUUAUGCGUUCGUUGUACCCUGUCAAAAAAAGAGGAUCAUAAAAUCCCAUAGCAGUAGGAACAACGAUCGUGUCCCAAACUUGGAUGCCGCGGACAAUAAAGAAACGACGGCUUUGUCGGUGAUUUCGCAACGUUCUGGUGCGACGACUUGUCACAACGAAACGUCUAAGAGCCUAGAAGAACCGCCAAAGGGUCAACUAAGAGGCAAUAAUAGCGCGAGUCCUCUAUUAUUAUCCGCGAGUGUCGGCGAUGCCGAGUUUCCUGGCGGUCAGAGUUUGGAUGAAGAUGCCGUCAUGGAUUCGGAACAUCCGGAUGUUUCGAAACUUUUUGCCUUCCUUCAGGUACUAACCGCAGCUUUUGGCAGUUUUGCCCAUGGCGGUAAUGACGUGAGCAAUGCUAUAGGUCCACUUAUAGCAUUGUGGGCCAUUUAUGCCGAGGGUUCGGCUAAACAGGAAGCUGAAACACCCUUACUGAUACUAUUGUACGGAGGCUUGGGAAUUUCCACUGGUCUUUGGGUCUGGGGUAGACGAGUCAUUGAGACGCUCGGCCAGGAUCUCGCCAAAAUCACUCCUACAACAGGCUUCACGAUAGAGGUUGGCGCGGCAGUGACAGUGCUACUGGCCAGCAAAGCUGGCCUCCCAGUUUCGACAACUCACUGCAAGGUCGGCUCCGUCGUCUGCGUCGGUUGGGCCUCGAGAGGAGGCGAGGGUGUCAGCUGGGUGCUCUUCCGCAACAUCGCCUUCGCCUGGCUCGUCACCGUCCCCAUAGCCGGCUUACUCUCCGCCGGCUGUAUGUUCGUCUUCCGGCAGCUUAUGAAUGUCUGAGGCCAGCCGAUGCGAGCAACGUACGCGCGCGCGCGCG